AACACUGCUUGAUAAAGACACGUAAAUCAACAGUCCGGAGAGUAGGAUAAAUUUUACAAUAUCAUUAUAUUUAAUUACUAAAAAUUAUGGACGCCGGGACAUGGUACAACUCGCUGCCCCGCUUCACCCGCUACUGGCUAACGGCAACCGUGGGACUCAGCCUGCUCUGCCGGUUCGGACUUUUGCCCAUGGAAUACAUGUAUUUGUCACGGGAACUUGUGCUCACCCGGCUGCAACUUUGGCGCUGUAUCACAUCGUUGUUUGUGUUCCCGCUAAGCGGAGCGACCGGCUUUCACUUCCUGAUCAACUGCUAUUUCAUCACACAGUACAGCGCCCGAUUGGAGAAGGAUCAGUAUGCGAGAAGUCCAUCUGAUUACAUGUAUCUGCUGAUAAUCACAGCUGUCCUGGCGAAUCUGGGAGGCAUGGUAUUCAAUGUUUAUUUCCUAAUGGACAUGCUGGUCGUUGCCAUAACCUACAUAUGGUGCCAGCUAAACAAAGAGGUGAUUGUUAAUUUCUGGUUUGGCAGUCGCUUUAAGGCUAUGUAUCUACCUUGGGUCCUCGCGGGCAUUGAGCUCAUUUUCCAUGGCUCCCUGGCUUCCCUGGUGGGCAUUUUCAAUGGACAUGUUUACUACUUCUUGAAAUUCCAAUAUCCACAAGAGCUGGGCGGCAAUGCCUUCCUAGAGACACCUCAGUUUCUGAAACGCUUUGCUCCCGAUAUAUCCGGUGGCAUUAGCGGAUUUGGUGUGCCGCCCGAGAGCAGAGCGCCGCCUCCACGUCAAGCUGCCAACUCACCGUGGGGUCAUGGCACCGCCUUGGGUCGCAAUUAAAACAAAUGAAAAAUACAACAUAAAUAUUAGUUUAUAUAAUUCAUACUCUUAUUAAACCUAUUGGUUACUCUGUAAAUGUACUGAAUUUUCAACUAAACACGAUCAACUUUUUUGAAAUUCAUCUUAGCUCGGAAUUCUGUACCUUGAUACGUUAAUACAUCAUUAAGUGGCGUGAUUUUAUGGAUAUAUCUACAAAUAUAUAUGUAUACAACAUGGAUUAAUUAUUUGCAACGGAUUUGUGAGAGCAUCUCUUCUCUUUCUUGGGUGAAGAGCUACAGAAGGAGCUGUAAAACUUAAUAAAAGACAAAUCUAUUAAAAGAUAUUAACCUGACUUAACUGACAGAUGGGCAUCUGCACUAUCUUUCUGAAAGUUACAGAGAAUCGACAAGAAAAUUUUAUUUUGUAUUAUUAAAAGUUGCGGUUUUAAAAAA